AUGGCAAGCCAUUCUAAGUUCAGCAAUUCCACUGGCAAGGAGCUCCCACCCAAGGAACAAAAACCCAGACAGAACACUUUCAAACCUCCUCCGAAGGAUCGUGCCAGCAUCGAGGUCACAGUCGAUGCCAAGAGCAACCAUCUCCAGAUGCUGAAACCCCUCCAUGCCCUGGGAUUGAAUGGCUCUAAGGAUGAGAUUCUGCUUGCACACAGCUUCAACAAGGGACAAAUUGAAUGGUUCAAGGUGGGCUCUGCACUCAACCUGAUGGCCACACACAUGAAGGCCAAGGUGCAGCAAUAG